AUGGAUAACUCUGAUGUUACAGUUUCCUUCUCUCGCUUGCGCAUCAUUGAUCUUUCUCGCAAUAACUUCAGUGGCUACUUACCUACCAAUUUUUUUAAAAAUCUACAGUCCAUUAGAAUGGGGCAUGAAAAUAAACUUGAACCAGAGUACAUGGAAGAUGUAUCAGAUUAUAUUGCUUUCAAUUAUGCUUAUGGUUUAUCUUUUACAGUAAAAGGGUCGGAAACAGAGUUUCAAUCAGUGUUAACCAGUUGGAUGGUAAUUGACUUUUCAGACAAUCAAUUCUUCGGAGAAUUGCCCAAAACACUUGGUGAGCUUCAUUCACUUAUUGUCCUAAACCUCUCUCAUAAUUGCUUAACAGGUCCUAUUCCAUCAUCAUUAGGUGAUCUGUCUGAACUUGAAUCAUUAGAUCUCUCAUCAAACAAGUUCCAAGGAAGAAUUCCAACAGAGUUAACAAAUCUUGGAUUCUUAGAGGUGCUAAACCUUUCUCAAAAUAAUCUCAAGGGACCCAUUCCUCAAGGCAAACAAUUUGAUACUUUCACUAAUGAUUCUUACAAAGAAAACUUGGGUUUAUGCGGCUUGCCAUUAUCAAAAAGAUGUGAUAAUGAUAGGGGAACUUUGGUCAAAUUUGAUACAGAUGAUGAAUUGAAUUGGAAAUUUUCUAUAUUGAUGGGGUAUGGAUGUGGAUUGGUGUUAGGAUUGAAUAUGGGAUACAUCGUAUUCGCGACUGGAAAACCAUGGUGGUUGAUUAGGAUCGUCGAGCGAGUACAACAAAGAUUUACAAAAAGGACAAAUUCCAACUCCACCACCUUCAUUGCUUUGUUUAACGGAACAAUUCCCGAGUGCAUUGGAAACUUGAGUUCUUCUCUUUCACACAUUGAUCUAUGGAAUAAUAAUUUUCAUGGUAAAAUACCAGAAAGUUUUGCUAAAUAUUGCACGUUACAAAGUUUUCGUAUCAACAACAACCAAAUAGGAGGGUCACUGCCACGAUCUUUAGGUAAUUGCAAAGAUUUGAACCUUCUCGAUGUUGGGAACAACAAGUUGAAUGACACUUUCCCGAACUGGUUAGGAAAUUUAGAUCAUCUACAAGUUCUUGUCUUGAGAUCGAAUAAAUUCUUUGGCCAAAUGGAUAACUCUGAUGUUACAGUUUCCUUCUCUCGCUUGCGCAUCAUUGAUCUUUCUCACAAUAACUUCAGUGGCUACUUACCUACCAAUUUUUUUAAAAAUCUACAUUCCGUUAGAAAGGGGCAUGAAAAUAAACUUGAACCAGAGUACAUGGAAGAUGUAUCAGAUUAUGUUGCUUUCAAUUUUGCUUAUGGUUUAUCUUUUACAGUAAAAGGGUCGGCAACAGAGUUUCAAUCACUGUUAACCAAAUGGAUGGUAAUUGACUUUUCAGACAACCAAUUCUUCGGAGAAUUGCCCAAAACACUUGGUGAGCUUCAUUCACUUAUUAUCGUAAACCUCUCUCAUAAUUGCUUAACAGGUCCUAUCCCAUCAUCAUUAGGUGAUUUGUCUGAACUUGAAUCAUUAGAUCUCUCAUCAAACAAGUUCCAAGGAAGAAUUCCAACAGAGUUAACAAAUCUUGGAUUCUUAGAGGUGCUAAACCUUUCUCAAAAUAAUCUCGAGGGACCCAUUCCUCAAGGCAAACAAUUUGAUACUUUCACUAAUGAUUCUUACAAAGAAAACUUGGGUUUAUGCGGCUUGCCAUUAUCAAAAAGAUGUGAUAAUUAUAGGGGAACUUUGGUCAAAUUUGAUAGAGAUGAUGAUGAAUUGAAUUGGAAAUUUUCUAUUUUGAUGGGGUAUGGAUGUGGAUUGGUGUUAGGAUUGAGUAUGGGAUACAUCGUAUUCGCGACUGGAAAACCAUGGUGGUUGAUUAGGAUCGUCGAGCGAGUUCAACAAAGAUUUACAAAAAGGUAG